GUGUGACGUCAUGUCGCUAUGGAGACCAGGCGUUAUAAAAGCUGAAGUCAGACCCGCGAGCGGCGCACACUGACUCAAGCAGCAUCAGCAGUGAGGUAACUCCACACCCCCUAAGCAACAGCAACCAUGUCAGACCUUUGUGUUGGAAUCAAUGGCUUCGGUCGCAUCGGCCGUCUGGUCCUGAGGGCAUGCCUCCAGAAAGGCAUCAAAGUCGUCGCCAUCAACGACCCCUUCAUUGAUCUGCAGUACAUGGUCUACAUGUUCAAGUAUGACUCCACCCACGGCCGUUACCAUGGCGAGGUCUCCCAUGAUGGCGGCAAGCUCAUCGUUGAUGGCAACCCCAUCUCUGUUUUCCAGUGUAUGAAGCCUGCUGAGAUCCCCUGGGGCAGCGCUGGAGCCCUUUACGUUGUAGAGUCCACUGGAGUUUUCCUCAGUUUGGAGAAGGCCAACUUCCACAUCCAGGGGGGCGCAAAGCGCGUGGUUGUGUCUGCCCCCUCGCCUGAUGCCCCCAUGUUCGUCAUGGGAGUGAACGAGGACAAAUACGACCCGUCCUCCAUGACCAUCGUCAGUAACGCCUCCUGUACCACCAACUGCCUGGCUCCUCUGGCCAAAGUCAUCCAUGACAACUUUGGCAUUGAGGAGGCUCUCAUGACCACAGUCCACGCAUACACAGCCACCCAGAAGACAGUGGAUGGCCCCAGCUCCAAGGCCUGGCGCGAUGGCCGUGGCGCCCACCAGAACAUCAUUCCAGCUUCCACCGGUGCUGCUAAGGCAGUGGGCAAAGUCAUUCCUGAGCUUAACGGCAAGCUGACAGGAAUGGCGUUCAGGGUGCCAGUGGCCGACGUGUCUGUGGUAGACCUGACCUGCCGCCUGUCCAAGUCUGCAUCCUACGCCGAGAUCAAGGAGGCCGUGAAGAAGGCGGCGCACGGGCCCAUGAAGGGCGUGCUGGGUUACACUGAAGACCAGGUGGUGUCCUCCGACUUCAUUGGCGACACCCACUCCUCCAUCUUUGACGCCGGCGCCGGCAUCUCCCUCAACGACAACUUUGUCAAACUCAUUUCCUGGUAUGACAACGAGUACGGCUACAGCAACCGUGUUGCUGACCUGCUGCUCUACAUGCACUCCAAGGAGUAGAACCUUCCUGUCCUAAGAGACAGUGAGGAAAGGGACCACCGUUAACCAUCGUAUACCCCUCCCUUCUCUUUUAC